UUAUUUGAUCACGAUGGGAUGCAAUGUGUCCAAAGGAGUUAUGUCAGCCGCGCCGUACGACGACGAUUACGAAGAUCAAGAGGAAAAGACAGCCCGUGAUUCCAAAGUGAGAGAUGUACCAACUCUGCCUCCUGCCGAGGAUGACGAAGAAAAUCCAACCAAAAAGCCGGAGAAAGUCGAGGAGAAACGAGAGUUCACGUCAGACCUCGCGAGACUUCGUAAAGAUAUGGCGGCGUUGCACAGCAUGUCCGACUUUACUACGUCUGAAUCCACAGAACCCCUGACGUUUUUGUUCAAUAUCUAUAAGUUUCACAAAGACAAAGCAAGAUUCAUAGGGGAAGAACUCAACAGACUUGAUCUAGCCGGACUUUUCUGCAAAGCGUGGAAAUCUCUGCACGAAGUUGACCCUUUGAAAGAGGAAGUACCAAAAGUUAAUCUGAAGAAACUGAAGGGGUGCUUGUGGAACUUUACCGACCAGACGCCGUCCCUGUGUGAAGCGUUAGGCAAAACGGACGCGUUUGAGCUUCUUCUGUCAGACCUGAAAAAUCCCGAACUUGACGUUGACAAUCUCAAAUCUCACGACAAUAGAUACUUUAUGAAGGGGGACCUGGGUAUCUUACACAACGCAAUACGCUUGUGCAGAGACAACAAGGCCGCAUACAGGGAAGCGAACGCAGUGGAACUUCUCACCAAAUAUCUGAGAUCGAAGUACUACAUCAUCAAGACCAAGGCGAUCCUGACACUAGCCUACAUAGUCAACGAUGAUGAGAACGACAAACUGAAUGCCUCAGCCGAAAGUAUCAAGUUUAUCCUGAAGUUACUGACGGCGGCACUGGAGCAGCCGGAUCACCGGGCCAAGACCUACAACUUCUCGGCGGCGGAGCUCGUCAGCGGACUGAACGAACUCGCAAGCAACGACGGAAACAAGGUGAAAAUCGUAGACGAAGGAGGCCUGAUUCUACUGUAUCAGCUUCUUCUGGACGACAGCAGUCUAGAAGAACACAUUCUCGCCGCGAAAGGACUGUGGAUCCUCGCUUUCAACAAGAGCAACAAGGAGGCAAUCAAAAAGACUGGCUGCGUUGAAGCACUGAAAGCGCUACAACACAAGACUAAAGAUCCCGCACUGAAGGAGGUUUGCGCCGGUGCAUUGUGGGAAAUCAACGGCGGCGGCCAUGACAGGUCUCCUACAAAGACUACAGCAGCAGCUGGUCACGUGAUGAUUAGCUACCAAUGGGACGUGCAGCCGAAGAUGCUUGUGGUGAAAGAGAGGCUGACACAGGCUGGCUAUAGAGUUUGGAUGGAUGUGGAUCAGAUGGGUGGAGACAUCCUGGAGGCCAUGGCUGAGGCGGUAGAGGGCGCAGCUGUGGUGCUGAUCACAAUGACUGAGAAGUACAAGGACAGUCCAAACUGUCGGACAGAGGCGGAGUACACCCACAAGCUGCGGAAGGAUAUCGUUCCGCUGAGGCUGCAGCCUCGGUAUGACCCUGACGGAUGGCUGGGCGCUCUGGUCGGCACCAAACUCUACUUCGACCUCAGCACCGAGGACAGAAUGAACGAGAACAUGGACGGCUUCAUCAAGAAACUGGGCGAUCGGGGACGCGGAGAACAAGACGCUCCCGACGCAGUUUUCCGCCCAGUUGUACGACACAUCGCAGAGGCGGAAGGAGCAGCUCAACCAAGCAGCGUUGCAUCAUGGUCCAAGGAUGACGUCACAAAAUGGCUGUCCGACAUAGGCAUGGGGAGUUCUCACGAUAUUUUCCGAGACUACGAUGGACAAAUGAUUCUUCAGCUAAAGAGGCUGUCUUUGAGGGCUCCAGAGUUCUAUUACAGUAAUUUGAAAUCAGAUCUUGGGUUGAAGGACCUUAGUAGUGUUCUAAAGUUCACUUCGGAGCUAGAAAGACUCUCAUGAACAAGAGAUAACCAUUUGAUGUGAGCGGAAUUGAGCAUUAUAUUUCACAGUCUUCCUCUAGUCUGAACAUGAAGGACACGAUUCAAUGUAACCUCUAUCAACAUUUAUACACUAGGUCAUAUAUAUCCGAUAUCUCGAAAACAAAGCAUCGAAAGAGAUCUCCAAUACAAUGUCUCAAAUACGCUCCUGCAUGUCUAAACUGGACAUACAUGUACCUGGGUGGUGGACCAGAACUCUCCCAAACAUGUACGCUGUAAAUAAUAAGUGGUGGAUAUAUAAAAUCGUACGGCCGGAUAAAUGUUAAUGUCAUUUUAUGUUCAAUUGGAUGUUCAUAGAACUGCUUAAUUCACAAUUCAUGGAUGACGUCCGAAAAUAUCAGACAUAGACUUAGAAACUGUGUGAAGAAUCUUCCCUUUAUGUUUUAGGUAAAAAAAAAGCUAAUAAGUGAAAAGGUAGUUUAAAGAAUUGCUAAUGCUUGAGAAUCUGUUUGAUCUCUCCGUAAUCAGAUGAUAAAUAUAGUAAUUAGAACUUAACUGUGCCACAGACUUAAGCUUUAUAAAACCGUGAAAGACAAUCUAGACUUAGUCAAUAUUAUCUAUUGGUACUCCGAUGUGCAAUAUCUCCUUACAUGUGUAAUUAGUAACUGUGCAAUAUAUAUAUUCUUGUCUAUUGGUUGUGUGUUUUGCAUAAUGCUUGAAAUAAAUCAUUAUAAACAAGG